ACUGCGCAGGCAGAAGAGCAGCUCCGCCAGCACGCCCAGAUGGAGGAACGGCGAGUGGCCGACCUGGAGAGCCAAGUCUCCGAGGUGUCCGAACUCCUGGGCACUUACGAAAAAGCCAAGCAGAAGGACCAAGCGGUCAUUCAGAAGCUAAAGGACCGCAUCGUACAGUUGGACCUGGAGAACAAAACCCUGGCCAUCGCUGCCUCCAGCCGGUCCCCUGUCGACGUUCACUUAGAAGAAGCCAACCUGGACGUUAAUGUUCUAAAGGAUAAAAUGGAGAAGCUGAAAAAGCUCUUGCAGGCAGCAGCUAAGAAGAGCCAGCCCACUCUGGACAUCGAGAAGCUGUGUGAGCUGGAGCUGCCGAAGGGCACCGAGGCUGGGGACGGCGAGAAGGCCACCGCUUUGUACUAUCAGCAGGAGCUGAAGCAGCUGAAGGAAGAGUUCGAAAGGUACAAGAUGAGGGCGCAAGUGGUUCUCAAGAACAAGUCGGCCAAAGACGGCAACCUGGCGAAAGAACUGGAAGAAGCACAAGAGCAGCUGGCUGAUCUGAAAGAGAAAUACGUGGUGCUUCAGCUGUCCGCCGAUGAGAUGGAGAAGCAGCACCGGCAAGACAUGGAAGCCAAGAAGCAAGAGUUGUCCCAGCUGCAGCAGGUUCAUAGGCAGGAACUGGAGCGGUGCCAGCUGGACUACAGGGAACGGGCCCUGAAACUGGAGGAGGAGAUGCACAAACAGCGGGACCGAGCGCUGGCAGUGCUGGCAGAAAAGGACCAAGAGCUGGAGCAGCUGAGAUCUGUCACGUUGCCUUACGGGCUUCAAGGAUCCAAAAACUACCUGGCGCCAGGGACUGACCUUCCUAACGACUCACUGGGUAACGAUUCCUCAGACGUUCUCCCCCAGGCUCUUCAUCUCUCCAGCGAGCCCACCUUCUUCUUGUACGCAGAGCAGCUGGCUCGCAAAGAAGUGGAAAUCGUAGCGCUGAGGAAGCAGAAGCACAAGCUGGAAAUGCAAGUUCACCAGCUCCAGGAGAAAAUCUUGGCUGAGGAGGAGAAGCACCGGGAAGAGGUAUCGGCACUGCAAAGUGAGAUCGAGAAGAAUUUCAGAGACAAGAGCAGAGAGGGAGCCAACCUGGAAUACCUCAAGAACAUUGUCUAUCGGUUUUUGACGCUGCCAGACUCUCUCGGUCGCCAGCAGACCCUCACUGCCAUCCUGACUAUCCUGCACUUCAGCCCAGAAGAAAAGCAGAUGAUCACGAAACAGUCGGCGUACGGCAGCUGGUGGCUUUCCGGGAAGAGAUGA